AUGGCGGACUCGACAGAUUUGGUCGCAACUCCUCGCGUCGAGAACCCGGUCGUUGAGCAGCAGCGCGACCCUGAUGAGGCGUACCACACGGUCGCAAAAAACCCCGACGUCGAACAACAGAAGAAGGAAGGCAAAUCCAAGAGCCGGAGCCCGAGCCAGACCCUUGAUAUCCAGGAGGAACCGUUCGAGUUCGAGGACGCACCCGAUGGUGGCGUCAAGGCCUGGCUUGUCGCAGCUGGCGGCUCUGCCAUUUUCUUUUGCUGUCUGGGAUUCGCCAACUCGUUCGGAACCUUUGAGCAGUACUACCUCACCCAUCAGCUCAAGCAGCGUUCACCCGACGCCAUUGCCUGGAUUGGCUCUUUGUCCGUCUACAUGCAAUUUGCCUCGGGCAUGUUGGGAGGACCGCUUUUCGACCGAUUCGGUGCUGCCGUUAUCCGCCCCGCCGCCAUCCUUCACCUGUUGUGCGUCAUGCUGCUGAGUCUUUGCGACACGUACUGGCAAGUCAUGCUCGUCCAGGGAGUGCUGAUGGGCAUCGCCAUGGGCUGCCUGCAGAUUCCCGCAAUCGCAGCAGUAUCCCAGCACUUUGACAAAAAACGAGCGGCCGCACUAGGCGUGGUGGUUUCCGGAUCGUCUGUUGGCGGUAUCGUCAUCCCCAUUGCUUUGUCCCGCAUGCUCAACAGCUCCAAUCUCGGGUUCCAAUGGUCCGUCCGCAUCACGGGCUUCCUCAUGAUGCCCUUCAUGCUCUUCUCUUGCAUCGUCGUCAAGGCCCGUCUGCCCUCGAGAGCCACCAACUUCUGGAUCCCGGCCGCUUACAAAGACGCCAAGUAUCUUCUGCUGAUCGCAUCUCUGUUCUUUGUCUUCACGGGCAUGUUCACCCCGCUCUUCUUCAUACCCACAUAUGCCGUCGCUCGAGGCAUGAAUGCUACAUUGGCCGGAUAUCUGCUCGCUAUCCUUAAUGCCGCCUCGACCUUUGGCCGUAUCAUACCCGGUAUCUUGGCCGACAAGUACGGAAGGCUCAACCUUUAUGCCCUCGGAGCCAUUUCCACGGGGGUCAUUAUCUUCUGCAUGAACUCGGCUGUGAGCAACGCGGCGCUCAUUGUCUAUUCGGUCGCGUUCGGUUUCGGAUCUGGCACCAUCAUCUCCGGCGCAUCGGCCGCCUUUUCCGUGUGCCCCAAGAGCCAGCAAGACAUAGGAACUUAUAUGGGAAUGGGCUUGGCCAUUAGCGCGCUUGGAGGCUUGAUCGGCCCGCCCAUCAACGGUGCUUUCAUCAGCAAAUUCGGAGGCUUCUUCGAAGUUUCCAUGUUCAGUGGUGCCGUUUGUUUGUUGGGAGGUUUUGUUGCGGUUGCCACCAAGUUGGCAACUCCGGAAGGCUUUUUGGGAAAGGUCUGA